AUGGCCACAUACGCCCAAUUUAAGCAUGUAGAGCUCUACAAAAUCGGUCAUGGAAAAAAUAGAGUUCCUAACGCCCCGAAGAGCUGCAUCGCUGAGAUCUUCAGCUCGGACUCGCCUGACAACAGCCCAGUGAAAAACGGAUCGACGCGCCCCCGCGUCGUUCGUGACACCCCAACCCGCCCACGCGACACACACUCCAGGCUUUUUGGACAGGCAACCACCACUUCCGUAUCUCCCAUGGUAACAGACACCAUUCGCAGCCAUAUCCAGUUCGGAGACGCGGAGAUGAAUGGCAGCCCUUCCCACUCGCCCUCCAAGAUGGUGAACGGCAGCGCUACUUCGACACCCAGCCGAGCAUCGUACACGCCACCGAAGAGGAACCCGGUGACUGGCGAUGGGAUUGCAGUGCUGCCGCCGCGACGUCGCCACCCUGCUGCCAGCCUGCGAGGUGCUGACGAACACGACCAUCCUGACCUAGACUUCCUCAACCCCCAGCCAACUCAUCGUUAUUUUACGCGGCAUUGGCCACCAAAACCCGCACAGUACUACGUUGAUUCAACCACUAAACCUAGACUCACGUGUCAUCAGUCCCCCCAUGUUUUAUUGGGUCUAAAAACCGACGACCCUUUUAAAAUUCAUCCUGAUAUAGACCCUAAUUCACUAUCUUCUCGUCCAAUACUCGACCGGCAUUGGCCUCCUUUUCCAGCCCAACAUUACCUGGAACCAAAUCAGAGUCAUCAUAUUCCCUACCGUCCAUUACCUCCGUGCGCUUUCGUCGGUAUGACAUCAGCUCUAGGAGAAAAACCUCAACCUGAUUACAAGUACGAUCCAGUACCAACCUUAGACGGGCCCAUAGAUCCAUAUAUGGUAGCGAAUACUAAUCCGCCACUAAGUCUCUUUAAGUAUGAAACAGACGGCCCUAUACCUGAUUGCACUUUACUUGACACACCUAAAGCUCCGGGUCCCUUUACUUUAACUGGUUUCCCUCCUAUAUUCCCUAAGCACGUGCCCGGAUAUCUAUUUAAACUAAAUCGGCACGCAGAGGACUUCAAACCUAAGACGUAUUAUGUAGACUAUGUUCGCCAAAGAGAAUUGGAAGGCAACCCCAUCACCGGUGAUGGAUACAAGUCGCUGAACGGCCAGAUCAACAUGGUAACGUCAGUAAACGGUAGCAGCAACAUCCUCCACAACCGCGUACCGCCCGGUGGUUACUCCUCGGGCCUCUGGUAG